AGACCAUCUGGGUAUUUCCCACAUUUUGUUUUUGCAUACUGCUGAGGCUUUGGGCAUGAAUUGAUGUGUCAUGUCAAUAAUAGGAAGCCACGUCUUUUUCAACCCCCGCCCCCAUUCAGUUGGAGAUCUUCAGGCUGCAGUCAAGCUGUGUGCUCUUUGAAGAGGCCCUGUCAACAACUCUUUUGAGGCCUAGUAGCCUUAAAAUGAGUCUUGAUGAAAGAGAAGAGGAGACACCAUCAUCUCCAGCAGCCAGCUGGGUCUCCAUGAGGACUGACACAUUCAAUAAAUAUCUUCCUCCUUAUCUCGGUGACAGAGCAGUGACAUCUGAAGUCCGUGAGGAUUGUAUUGAUCUGGAACUGGUUCAGUGCAAUUAUGAUAAUAAUGAUGAAGAUGAAGUUGAAGAUGAUGAUUAUGUUCUAAAGAGAGUAAAAGAUGUUUACAAGGCCAGCAUGAAGAACAAGAACAAAAAUAUAUUUGAGGGAAUCCAACAAGAGAAUCAAACCCUCCUGAACAGUAUUUACACACAACUGUACAUCAUAGAAGGAGAGAGUGAAGGAGUGAACGAAGAACAUGAGGUUUUACACAUGGAGAAAAAGGCCAGAACACAACACUCACAAGACACUCCAAUAUACUGCAAUGACAUCUUUAAAACCUUACCUGAACCAAAAUAUAAAAGAGAGAUAAAAAGUAGGAAAGACAAAAUCAAGAGCGUUCUUACUAAAGGCAUCGCUGGAAUCGGAAAAACUGUCUCCGUGCAGAAGUUCAUUCUGGAUUGGGCAGAGGGAACAGCCAAUCAGGAUGUUGAUUUCAUGUUUGUACUUCCGUUUCGAGCGCUGAACUUGAUUAAAGAUGAUCAGUACAGUCUUCACAAACUUCUGCUCGACUUUCAUCCUGAACUUCAAGAUCUGCACCCAAAGAUUUUUGAGGAGUGUAAAGUUGUGUUCAUCUUCGAUGGUUUGGAUGAAAGCAGAAUCGAGCUGAAGUUUUUAGAUUCUGUGGAUAUUUUUAAUGUUACUCAGACAUCAUCAGUGGCUGUUUUGAUAGCAAACCUCAUAAAAGGAGAUCUGCUUCCAUCCGCUCAUAUUUGGAUCACCUCCAGACCAGCAGCAGCCAAUCAGAUUCCUCCUGAAUGCAUAAACCGUGUGACAGAAAUCCAGGGAUUCAAUGAUCCUCAGAAGAAGGAGUAUUUCAGGAAGAGAAUCCGUGAUGAACAUCAAGCCAGCAGAAUCAUCUCCCACAUUAAAACAUCAAGAAGCCUCCACAUCAUGUGUCACAUACCGGUCUUCUGUUGGAUCUCAGCCACUGUUCUUCAAAAAAUCCUGAAAGAAAAUGACAAAUCAGAAAUACCUAAAACUCUGACUGAAAUGUACAUACACUUCCUAAACGUCCAAACAAAUGUGAGAAGUCAGAAGUAUGAUGGGAGAGAUGAGAAAGAUCCAAAGAAACUUCUGCAGUCCAACAGAGAAGUGCUUCUGAAACUAUCUGAACUGGCUUUCAAACAGCUGAUGAAGGGCAAUGUGAUGUUUUAUGAAGAGGACCUGAGAGAUUGUGGCAUUGAUGCCACUGAGGCAGUGCGAUAUUCUGGGAUUUGCACAGAGAUCUUUAAACAGGAAUCUGUGAUUUAUCAGAGGAAAGUUUACUGCUUCAUACAUCUAAGCUUUCAGGAGUUUCUCGCCGCUUUCUAUGUGUUUUACUCUUAUUUAAUAAACACAACCGAGACACUGAAGAUGUUUGAUUCACUUUAUAAUUUGCUUGAAGGAGCUGUAGAGAAAGCCCUGGAGUGUGAGAAUGGACACCUGGAUCUUUUCCUCAGAUUUCUGCUUGGUAUCUCGCUUGAGUCCAAUCAAAGAUUGUUACAGGGUUUACUGCCACACAUGGAGGAAAGCACAAAGAUCAUCCAGAAAACUACUGGCUACAUCAAAAACAAAAUCAAAGAUGGAUGUGGUCUCUCAGCUGACAGAUCUAUCAAUUUGUUCCUUUGUCUGUUUGAAAUGAACGACCAGACUCUGUACAGAGAGAUUCGAGAGUUUCUAAAGUCUGAGAGAAAUUCAAGAAAUCAAAUCUCGGCUGCACAUUGCUCAGCCAUAGCUUAUAUACUUCAGAUGUCAGAGGAGGUGAUGGAUGAGCUGGACCCCAAAAAAUACUACACAUCUGAAGAGGGUCGAAGAAACCUGUUACCAGCUCUGAGAAACUGCAGGAAAGCACUGUUUGCCGACUGUAAUCUUACAGAUCAGUCCUGUGAAAUUGUGGCUUCCGCAUUACGUUCAUCAAACUCUAGGCUGAGAGAACUGGAUCUGAGUAACAAUGACCUGCAGGAUUCAGGAGUAAAGAUCCUCUGUACUGGACUGGAGAGUCCGCACUGUAAACUGGAGAUACUGAAAUUGUCUGGCUGUUUAGUGACAGAAGAAGGCUGUUGUUUUCUGGCCUCAGCUCUGAGAUCAAACCCAUCACAUCUGAUCGAGCUGGAUCUGAGCUACAAUCAUCCUGGAGACUCAGGAGUUCAGAUGCUCUCUGAUUUACUGAGAGAUCCACACUGCAGACUGGACAAACUCAACUUGGACCACGGGGAGAGCUUCAGGAUCACACCAGGAUUACGAAAGUAUGCAUGUGAUCUCACCACGGAUCCAAACACAGCACAUAUUCGUCUCCUUCUGUCGGAGGGAAACCGAAAGAUAACGUGUGUACACACGGAGCAGCCGUAUCCUGAACAUUUGGAGAGAUUUGAGCGUUAUGAGCAGAUUUUGUGUAAGGAGAGUCUGUCUGAACGCUGUUAUUGGGAAGUGGACUGGAAUGGCUGGUGUCACAUAUCAGUGACUUAUAAAGGAAUCAGCAGGAAAGGAGGCAGCAACUGUAGGUUCGGACUGAAUGAGAAAUCCUGGAAUCUUUACUGCUGUGACACAAUUUACUCAGCGUGGCACAAUAAGAAAAGCACAAACGUUCCUCUUCCUUCAUCUCACUCUCACAAAGUAGGAGUUUACCUGGACUGGACCGCCGGCGCUUUGUCCUUCUACAGCGUCUCAGACACAAACCCACAAACAUACACACACAUAUACACAUUCAACUCCACAUUCACAGAGCCUCUCUGCGCAGGAUUUGGACUUUAUUCAGACUCCUCUGUGUGUCUGUGUGAGAUGUGAGGGAAUAACGUCAACAUUGGAGGGAAUGUUUAUUAACAUUUAGCUAUUUUGAUUUUUAAAAGCAACACUUUAACAUAGACUGAAGAAACUGAAUAAGACUUUGUGAUAGAUGUUGAAUAAUUUUUUGUUGUUUCUUGUUAAGCUCAUCUGCCUUGAUUUACAGUGGGACAUGGCCCUUUAAAGCAACACUAUGUAGUUUCCAUGCAAAAAUGACUUACAGCUCCCCCAUGUGGUUGAAAAGCGCAACAGUGCCUGGUAUCAGACACUCUUCUGCAGGCAGGGGGAGGGGCGGGGCUGUGUUUCCUACCCUCCACCGCCACUUUCAGAGUGUGCUUGUAGCAGCUAGGAGGCUGCUCAGGUUGCAGCAACAGUACAAUUUGUCCAGUUAAAAGUUGUUCUAUCACUGAAAUAAUUUUAGAGACAUUAUUUACAGGUAAAAAAAAACUACAUAGUGUUGCUUUAACACUCAAGUUUUGUAAUGUAUAAUGUAAUAUGUAUUUUAGAUUGUACAUUAAGUAAACAUUAUAAUAUUACAGCACAAGGAUCUAAACAUUGGGUCUUUGUGAAAAAACACAGUGUUGGAUGUUCAGCCUAUUGAGCAUCUUUAUUGCCUUCGCUGCAGCUUAUUGUGUUGUAUUGGACAAAGCUGUGAUCCGUGAUCACUAACCACCUGUAUAAGUAAGCAAUAAGGUACGAGAGGCUGUGCUGUAUCGUGAAUAAGUAUCGGCUGAAGGGCGUUGUUAGGCACGACGCGAAGCGGAGUGCCUGCAACCCCUUCAGCCGUUAAAUCAAUAAAAGCAUUCCUUCCGCUAGAAAAAAUAGUCCCUGACUGCGAACAACAACAUGAAAGCUCAAAUAAAAACAACAAACUGUUCUCAGACUUUGUCUCAUUAUAUGUUUAUGUGUUGCUAAGGGUGUUGCUAAGGGCGCAGUGAUAUUAAAUAG